UCGACCUGAUUAGCUAGGAUCCUAUUACCUAUAACUAUAUUACCUAUAGAUCUACGAUGUAUGCCACUUAUAAGUAAGAAUGAUUUAAAUAAGAAAAAUCACAGGAAAAAUCAAGAACAAUUAGAGGAUGUUACUGGAGGGAAAGGUUGCCCUAAUUACAGGAGGGGCUCAGGGCCUGGGUAAGGCGUUCGCCGAGGAACUACUCAAAAAUAGAGUCAAGGUUUGUAUCUGUGACUUGAACUCCGAUAUCGGAGAAAAAACUAUCCAAGAAUGGAAACCAAAGUACGGAAACAACGCCAUGUUUCUACGGUGUGACGUCACAAAUCAUGAGCAGUUCGAAGACGUCUUCAAACUGACCAUUGCUCGGUUUAGAGGAUUGGAUAUUGUUGUAAACAAUGCUGGGGUCCUCACUGAAGGCAAAUCUUGGAGAACAACCAUCAUGGUCAACGUAAUUGGUGUGAUAGAAGGUACGAAGCUGGCAGACCAGUAUAUGAACAAACAAUCAGAUGCUCGAGGGGGCGUGGUAGUCAAUAUUGCAUCAACAGCAGGUUUAACCCCGGUGUUUUUUAUGCCCGUAUACACAGCUUCCAAGUACAGCGUCGUAGGAUAUACUAGAAGUGUUGCGAUGAAUGCAGACAUCUUCAGUACUGGUAUGAGGUAUGUUUGUUUGUGUCCAGGUUUCACCGAUACAUCAAUGGUAACAGAGGGAGUGAAUGAAGAGGGUAUAUUUGGAAAUGCCAAAGCGCAAGAAAUUUUGCAGAGCGCAGGCGUAAACAAAGUUGAGUUCGUUGUUCAAGCUUUCAUGCAGUUACUGACGACGGAGGAUAACAAUGGAGGGGUAAUGGCCGUGACAAAACAGAAGGGUAUUCAGUAUCAUGGGCGGCAGCGGAGAACCAACAAACUAUAGGGAACCAGUUAUCUGUCAUGCAAUGGCGGCCAGUCAGAACGGUACCGCUCUUGCGAUUUGAAAACUUUGCGUCUUAUCCUUGAAAGCUGAUCAAACCAUGCUGAAGUGUUUUUAUAUAAUAAUCACUCUCAUUUGAUUAAUGUAGCAACGGAGGUGUUUAAUUGUCAUGUAUGUUUAUAAAAUGCGUUUAAUUUUUGAUUCUCAUGUUGAUCCAUUGAUGUUUCACCUUUCAUGAAAAAUUGUGUCAUAGUGACAGAAUGAAAUCAAACACUUACUUAUGAGCCUGUAUGUGAUAGAUUUUUAAUUUAUGAUGAAUCUUUGAAAUCUUUGGACAUUUUAGUUUUACUAAAAUGUUUUUAGUAAACGUAUAUGCACACAUAUUACUGACAGACGAAAUGGAAUCUAAAUCAAGGGAUUGAACCCGGUCCUGCUCUCUACCGAUCUUAGUUUCUAGUUAUACAAACACUAUAUCUCGUCUUGUCUGGUCUGGACAUAUUAAGUUUAUAAAUGUAUUGAUACAGAGCAUAUAUUUUGAUGUAGGUAACAGUUGAUUUCAUGUAAACCUUUGAGACAUAGAGGCAUGCGAGAUUAAACUUUUUUCAAACAAUUUAAAAAGGGCAUACAUAUACAAACACGUUUUUUUCGUAAAAAUACUGAAAUUGUGCGCAAUCACAUGGUCUUAGUUAAAUUCAGCGUGGUAUGAAUUCAUACAAAUAAACUGGAAUGAAUGAUU